AUGAGCUCAUCGACGAAAAGCCCGCAGACCUCGCUGUUCCAAGUCUUCCUUCGUCUUCGGCCGCCAAUUUCGCCGCAGCCUGAGGGAUAUGGAGAACGAUACCUCACAGUCGAGCCCCCUGAGGUUAUGGAGAAUACCGACCAGGAUGGACAGAACGUGACGACAUUGCACUCGACUCAUAUCACUUUGCAACCGCCAAAUGACAACAGAAAACGAGCGGUGGAGAAGUUCGCUUUCACCAAGGUGUUCGAGGAAAGCGCGUCCCAGUUGGAUGUCUUCGAAGAUAUGGACAUCGCUUCCCUGGUGAACGGUGUUCUCCUCGAGAAAAGGGAUGGCUUGAUAGCUACCUUGGGUGUCACAGGAAGUGGAAAGAGCCAUACAAUCCUCGGAUCAAAAUCCCAGCGUGGAAUCACCCAGAUGGCACUUGAUUUGAUGUUUAAAUCUAUUGCUACAGGCACAACUGGCUCCGAUGUUUCGACUAGUCCCCUGCUCCUGGCGUCGUUGGCCGCGUCUGAUCCCUCAGAAGCCCAGUUGUUCUCAGCACAAACAUUCCUGGAAGCCGUCUAUGGAGACCCAAACUCUGAACGCAACAGAGGUUCUCGAGCUCAGACUCCCUCUUCAAGGUCCCAAACACCUAUGGCGGUAUGGACCCCUCUUUCCCCCAACAUCCUCCAAGAAACCCAAUACGUGUGUCCACCAAGCCCUGGAACACAGGCCCAGGCGCUUCCCAUGAGCCCUGGAGAUGCCUUGCACACGGGAAAGGAACCCUACCCAGCUUCAAAAGACAGGAGCCGUCUCGAUUCAAAGGACCUCUUGAGAGAGAGACUCGGACGAGCAACCCCUGGAAUAUCUGCACCUUUUUCCCAUUUCUACCCCAGUGUUAUUGGAUCAAGUUUAGCUAAGUUUCGACUUAAAAUCUUAAAGGAACCGAUGCCGGCUUUAAUCUUCCCUCGUCGCCACAUGCAAAAGCCCAGCGCUAUGCCCCGAUCGCCCGAUGUGGGCCACCUUGCCGUGGACGUGGACCCCAAGUCCGAGUACAUUGUCUUGGUAUCGAUGUAUGAGGUCUAUAACGACCGCAUUUUUGACCUCCUAUCACCGUCUAUUAUUCCUGGCCAAGGGAGCGCUCUGUCCCGCCAGGGAGGCAAUGGACAGAAAGAUCGCCGCAGACCACUUCUCUUUAAGCCCACAGAAAGCUCUCCAGACCGCAAAAUUGUUGCUGGGUUGAGAAAGGUUGCCUGUACUACCUAUGAGGAAGCCUUAGCUGUUCUUGAAGUCGGUCUUACCGAGCGGAAGGUAACUGGAACUGGAGCCAACAGCGUGAGCUCUCGUAGCCACGGAUUCUUCUGCCUCGAGGUCAAGAAGAAGACCACAGUUAAGAAAACCGGUGAAGUGACAUGGACUGCAAAUACACUCACGGUUGCCGACCUUGCGGGUUCCGAACGAGCUAGGACUGCAAAAACAGCUGGAGCGACGCUUGCUGAAGCUGGCAAGAUUAACGAGAGUUUAAUGUAUCUUGGUCAGUGCUUGCAGAUGCAGAGUGACUGGCAAGAUGGGAAUAAGGCGGGUCUUGUCCCGUUCAGGCAGUGCAAGCUCACUGAACUGCUCUUCUCCAACUCGUUCCCCUCUUCAAACCAAACAAGCCCAACACCUACACGCCAUCCUCAGAAAGCCCUCAUGAUAGUGACCGCCGACCCACUGGGUGACUUCAACGCUACAUCCCAGAUUUUGCGGUACUCGGCCUUGGCUAGGGAGGUUACCGUUCCUCGUAUCCCUUCCGUGACCGAGUCUAUCCUUUCAGGGUCUGUGAGCUCUGGGAAAGCUCCGUCCUUAAGCGGCAGGAACUCGCCAAAUGGAGUAACGCUAGAAGAGUUGGAACGAGCAACAGAUGAGAUCAACCGCUUGACUCUUGAGAACGAAAAAUUGACCGUUAAGAUUGCGAAUGAAGAGAUUACGCGCUCAGAACUCGAGACGAGACUCCAUUCCAUGGAGGAGAGAUGCUUGAUGAUAGAGCAGGAAGUUCGAGAAGAAUGCUGGGCCGAGAUGGACGAACGCAUGGAGGAAGAACGAAGAAGAUGGCAGUCUGCAUGGGAUGAGCAGGUCGGCCGUAACGAUGAACAUAUGGACAAGAAGAUUGAGCUCGUCUCUCGCGGCUUUCAAAUUCACGAGGAUCCAGAGCCUGCCGUUGAUGAGAGAGUGGCAGAUCUCGAAUUUGAGAAUGAGCAGCUGCUUAAGAAAAUCGCGGCUCUAGAGCGUGAGCUGACGGGUCGGUCGCCCACCAAGAAGUCGAAACCAAGAAAUCUCAAUUUUGAUCAUGAUCCUUUUGCCAAGCCUCCCGCAAUUCGCCGGGAGAGCGAAAUUGAAAAUGCCCUCCGUCAGAUGAAUCAACUCAAGGUAGCUGACAGCAUGUUCUCUCCUACCCCAGCAGCAAGCUCUCCCGGCAAGAAGUACAGGAAGAUGGCUACCAGGAAAUGGGACCUGGGACCCGAGGAGAACAUCUAA